AUCAGAAGUCUCUCCAAGACAGCAGAAGGAUGGCAGAGGAGCUGGGGUUGGGCUUCGGAGAAGGAGUCCCAGUGGAAGUGCUGCCGGAAGGCUGUAGACACAGGCCAGAGGCCAGGGCCGGGCUAGCUGCCAGGAGCAAAGCCUGCCUGGCUCUCACCUGCUGCCUGUUGUCAUUUCCCAUCCUCGCAGGACUUAGCACCCUCCUAAUGGCUGGCCAGCUCCGGGUCCCCGGAAAAGACUGUAUGCUUCGGGCCAUAACAGAAGAGAGAUCUGAGCCUUCACCACAGCAAGUUUACUCACCUCCCAGAGGCAAGCCGAGAGCACACCUGACAAUUAAGAAACAAACCCCAGCACCACAUCUGAAAAAUCAGCUCUCUGCUCUACACUGGGAACAUGACCUAGGGAUGGCCUUCACCAAGAACGGGAUGAAGUACAUCAACAAAUCCCUGGUGAUCCCAGAGUCAGGAGACUAUUUCAUCUACUCCCAGAUCACAUUCCGAGGGACCACAUCUGUGUGUGGUGACAUCAGUCGGGGGAGACGACCAAACAAGCCAGACUCCAUCACCAUGGUUAUCACCAAGGUAGCAGACAGCUACCCUGAGCCUGCCCGCCUACUAACAGGGUCCAAGUCUGUGUGUGAAAUAAGCAACAACUGGUUCCAGUCCCUCUACCUUGGGGCCACGUUCUCCUUGGAAGAAGGAGACAGACUAAUGGUAAACGUCAGUGACAUCUCCUUGGUGGAUUACACAAAAGAAGAUAAAACUUUCUUUGGAGCUUUCUUGCUAUAAGGAGGAGAAAACCAUCAUUCCAAGGGGCUCCCCUGCCUCCUACUUUCCAAUUUCCUUUUCUCAUAUGGAUCUAUAAACAGGGGCUUUAGAGGGAUCAGGGAAGGGGACAGUGGUUUAGCUAUAUAAUUUAGGAACCCAAUAUUGAUCCGUAUAUGCCUUAUGGACUAAAAUAGUAAAUGGAAAACCCAGUACAGCUCAUGUUUGAUAGAGACCUGCUGGGUUUUAAAAAUUGAAACACGCCUCAUCCAAUGGCACAAUCUACUGAUUUCAGGACAGAACCUUUCCACAGUGCCCUCUGUCCAAGUCCUUUCUGAAUUCAGCAGUUCAGUUAGAGCUGAAUUCGACAAUGAACUUACUCCAGAUCAAGAGCUAAAGACAGAAUCCAAAGAAAGACUGAGAAAAUGAUGUUAUUUCUCCAAGAGGCAAUGCAUUUCCACAUUCUUUUGUGCCUAACCUAAAAAAUAAGAAAGAAGAAAGGAAGGAAGGAAGGAAGGAAGGAAGGAAGGAAGGAAGGAAGGAAGGAAGGAAGGAAGGAAGGAAGGAAGGGACAAGAAAAGACAAGACAAGACAAGAAAAAAGAAAAAAUGGUAUUUCUCGUGAAUAUUCCCUAAAAGGAAUUGGUUUUCUGCUGUGAAGGAGAAACCUCACCUUUCUUCUGAUUGCAUCCUUUAGUAUCCAAACAUACAAGUGGGAAUUCCAAAUGCACAUGGAACAUAGAACACUUUUAUUAUUGUGAGAACAUGUUUAUUGAGUACCUACUAUGCUCUGGGCACUCAGCCCACAGGACCAUGAAGAGAAAGUCAAAUUUUCUUAAAAACUAAAUGAAUCCUCAAUACAUACUUCCUGAUCAACUACCACUCAAAAUGUAUAACUUCCAAAGUAUAACUUCAAGUCAGCCAUCUAGGUGGUUUCUUGGGUAAAGGUGCUUGUCAUUAAGCCUGACACCUGGGUUUGACCUCCCAGAACCCAAAAGCUGGAAGGAGAGAAUUGGUUCCCACAAAUUAUCCUCAAACCCCCAUACAAAUGAUGUGGCAUGCACACAUGUAACUAAAUAAAUAAGUGUAAAACAAAAACAAAAACAAAAUUUUAAAGAAAAAUUUCAAGUCCUGAAAGACAGCAUUCCUGAGAAUGUUGUCUCCAUCGUUGUCCAGUAUAGGCUAACCAGCUGAUAGAGACACUGAAGGAAUUUAAAGACAGACAUCAAGUGAAAUGGAGCACUGUAGAAACACUUGAUUCAUGCCAGGAGUCAAUGUACUAUGAAGACCAACAACAAAGUGUCAGUCAUCAAAUCCAGAGGUGUUUAUCUAGAUCUGCUUUCAAGUUUGGUUUGCAGCCUUUAUAUAGUCUCUAUUACAAAUGCUCGUGUCAUGGUAGAUGCCACAAGGAGUCAGAGGGUAAACUUAGCCCCAAACCACUGCUGAGCCAUCUUCUAGGAAACCUUCGAAGCAGAGCUGGGCAGCGUGACUCCCACACAAUGACUGGGAAAGUAGUAGCUGAUCAAAAUUUGUUGAGUAAUAAUUUGUUAGAAAAUUCAUCUCCACUGCCUACUAAACCUAAGUUGUAUACUAUCUAGCUUCUGCUAAGCCAACUUACAUUGGCCACUUUUUCUGUCUUCAACUUCUUGAAGUAUCACAGGUCUCAGUGAGAACACAGGGAAAGGUGAGGUCGCCUUCCCCUGGUUCUUCAUAGGGGAAACCACACCUGAAAGAAGAUGAGCAGCCUGAGGUGACCUGGAGGAAGGGCUGUCUCAGAAGAAGGACUUAUUUUUUGGCUUAGGUCUAAAACCUUGAGAGUAAUGCUCACUGGUCAAUUGAGGAUGCUUUAUCAAUGACUCCAGUCUGACUCCAAGGUCAGAAAGGAGAGUGAGAUGCUCUCUCUGCCUGCAUAUAUCUUCAUGGAACAUGAGAAUAUUGAGCAACAUAGACUUAUAGGAAAACACUUGCCCAAAAGUAGCCAGAGUGACCUGGUCAUCCCCUCUACUAAACCCAAGCUUUGUGUCAAGGGCCUUCAAAGCUGCCCAGAAGUGAUCUGGAUGGCUUGGGAAUUUAUCCAAGACAGGAAUUUCCUGACAGCCAAAGAUGCUUGAGUCCUUGUGCCUGACAUGCAUUUAUUUUGCCCCUGUUUAUUGAAGACUGUAACUGUUGAUUUGUGGGUAUACAUACAUACAUACAUACAUACAUACAUACAUACAUACAUAUGCUGUCAUGAAGGCAGCAUCAAACAUUACUAAUUGGACUCAAACCAGCAUUUCUGUUUCCAAGAUACUAAGUAUUCCCAUGCAAACAGGAGCAUGCUAUUUUUCUAAAGCAAAAUGAAAAAAAUAGUUUUGAAAGUAUAUAUAUGAUGGAGUCAAGUGUAAUGGCAUACAUCUGUAAACCCAGCACAUGGGAUGCUGAGCCAGGAGGAUUGCCGUGAGUUUGAGGAGAACAGGGGCUAAAUAGUAAUUUUCAGGAAAGCCUUGCCUAUAUAACAAGACCUUGUCUCAAAUGAAAAAAAAAAAAAAAAUAGACCCCAGGCUGGUCCUUGGAGAUAAGGUAAUAUAUUCAUUGGGUGAGGGGGUGUGUGUUUUGGAAAAUAGUUAAUUUAGUGAGAAAUGCUUUUCGGUCAAAUGCAUCUCAAAGGCUGCUGAAUUCAAAUCGGGUCUGUAAAUGCUUACCUAGUGCUUGCUUGCCCUGGGGACAGAGACAUAAAUUACUUUAGUCUCAGAUCCACUCGUUCUAACAGAUUGGCAUCUCCAUCGUCUGUGGAGCUUUUAAUCACUCUGUUUGUAUUAGCUAAUUAAUUAGCUAACUUGAGACACACUGAUAUUUUCUUAUUAUAAACAUGGGUGCCAUUUGAUAAAAGACAAUCAUUAACAAAAUGGUUCGAAUUUCCGCUUAAGUGAUCUUCUUUUUUCCUUUUCAUUUUUUUUAACUAGCUAAUCAAAGGUAGUUUCCCAAAAAUAAAUGCAAAGGGAGUAUAAAGAAAAAAUUCCCUGUGGUGGGAGCUAGUAUUGAAACAACAGUAUCAAAGAGGCUGUUACCUACUGGCCUCAAAUUUUGGCAGGAACGCCUUUGAAAAUGUUAGAACUUUACGGACAGCCUAGAGGUGCUUUGAAAAGUCUCUGUUGCCAACAAAAGCCAUUAAUCAGCAUGCGGCACAGGUUACUCAAAUUUUGACCUUGACUGUUUUUUAGAUCUGUUACACAGAACACAACUUCUGGGCUGUAAUCUCUGAUGUGGAUUUGGUGAUUUACUAAGGUACCGUGGGAAACAAGGAAAGUGUACUUGUACCACAUCGUUUCUCAGUGCAUGUCAGAGUCUACUCAACAGCAGGGCAUGCCAGAGCCUUGGAUACAUUCCGGGACAAACUAUGUCACUCCUAAGGAAAUUCCAAGUGUGUGCCUGUCAAGCACUCUGGAUCAUAGAAGCCCACGAGUUCACUGUGCACAAGGCACAGCCAUGGCCAGCACUCUCUUGCAUGGUAUUUCUCUUAAGCUCUUACUCAAUCACGGUCCCAUGAUUGUGACAUUGGGGAUUAAUUGCUUGAGCAGGUUUAUUUACAGUCUGUUCCUUGCAAAAUACAUGCAGAUAUGUCUGGCCUCAAAAUCCCCUGAUUGUUUUAGGGCUUAGAGAAUACUGGGGAUGUUUUUGCUGUUUUCAGAUGUACUUUAUUUAAGCUUGCAGAAUUACCCUGAAUAUUAACAGUGUUCUAAGAUAUUGCCUGCUAGCUUCUGGCUAAUUUACUAGUGGUGACAGUAUCAGAUCAGAGUAUCUAUAUUUAUGUCUUGCUAUUAUAGUUAAAACUUCCUGAUCUCUGUAACACACUCACCCCUACCUCAUCUAUCUACCCAUCUUGUGGAUGUAGCUGUGAGAAGACUCACAAGCCCGAGUUGCAGUUACUUUUCUGAAGCAACAUAGUAUGUUAAUGGAAUGGCCAGAACUCUACUCUUGGCACAUGGCACUGAAUUUGAUGCCACUAAAAGAAAAAUUGAAGGCAGAAAUAUUUUUUACUAUGCAUGGGACAACGUAGAAGAGCAAGGAGACUGCUUACACAUGGUGGUCACAUCUCUGGCUUCAUCCCUAAACCAAUUUUCUGACCCCAAGUCGAUUUUUUUUCAUGUAGUUAUUGUUCAUUUUCUGGAAAGAGUCAAGCAAAAAGAGAGUUUUAUAGAAACCAUUGCAUCAUGGAGGUCAGGGGAGGGAUUAAGCCAAAGAAUUCCUUCUCCAAAUCUAUAGCCAUAUGGCCACCCUUUGGUGUACUUCUAUUUGAUCAUGACAAACCUGAGAGCCCUGCCCAGAGUUCAGUGGAUCCUAAUGAACUCCAAGAGUAAUUCAUUCCCUCACCAACUCUAGGGGCUUGGCCAGUGCAGAAAAUGUCAUGGGAUUUUAAAGUUAACAUGAGCUGCUAUCCAAACUUAUGUCUCUUUAAGAAUGGAGAGACACAGGCCAGGAGAGGUAACAUAUGAAGCCUGGUAUUGGGCAGUAGCUUGAUGGAGUAUUGAGGCUAAAAGUAGACUUCCUGCCCCUGACCAUACACAACACCCUUUCAGUUUGAUCCAUGGUGGUCUUAUUCUACUUUAUUUUGAGCACCUGUCACACCUAGUUACUGUCAUGCCAAGAAGGUCCAUAACAGGCAAAUCCUACUCUGCUGUGUGCACACAAGAGGAAGGAGGCUCACAGUAGCAAGUAAACAGAUAAGCAAACGUACACGAUUUUCGUCUUAAAGUCAUUAAGACACACGCGUACCCCUCUUUUGUUUCAGAGGGUAUACAGGCUGAACAGAUGUCAGUGUUCACCUAUUCUUAUUGAUAAGCCCCAUGUGCUUUCAUUGGUUGAAUGUUUUAUGUUAAAACGUCAUAUUGCCAUCGUAAAAUGCAUAUUGUAUGUUGUUGGGUAUAUAAUUAACUAAUAUGCAUCGCAUGUAUGAAUUCUAAUCUCUGUAAAUGAAAACUUAUAUAUGUUAACAUAUGUAAUAGUUAUAAUUUAAUAAACUGACACUGGAGACUAC